CGGGGCAGGGCCGGAGCUCCUCCCCGGGCGGGCAGGUGCCUUUCCAGAGCCGCCAUAAGGCCGCGCCGGGGAGGCGGGCCGGGUCACUCCGGCGGGUCCCUGGUCGCGAGCGCCGGCGGCCUGCGCAGCCCGGGCCAUGGCGGCGGGCGAGGAGGGCGGGCCCGUGCCGGGGCUGUGGUCGGCCUUGCUGGUGGCCCUGGUGGCCGCCUUCGUCGCCUGGCUGUGGAGACGCGGCGGAGAGGAGGACCCGGCGGCGGCGGCGGCGGCGGCCACCCCCGCGAAGUCGGGCUCGCCGCCGGGCGAAGAACCACUUCAGGGAAGCUACAAAUGUCUUGCGUCUGAAACCAAGCCAAACGAUGUGUCCGUCUGCGAAGAGCCUGCGCAGAACCUUUUGGCUUCUCCAGGAGAACGCAAUGGCCCCAUAGAGACUCCAGAAACUGAGCCCGUUGACAAAAUCCCUGUCACCCCCUUAAUGAACUGCAUGGACCACUCAAGGAAUGAAAUAGUUCAUUUCCCUGCAGCUGCAUCAGAAUCAUGGAAGAGCGAAGAAACUGAAACGUGUUCUGCAGGCAUUUCAGUCGAAGCAAAUGGCCCUGGUGAUAAGCACAAAGAGAGAUGCGGAGGCCAGCUCUACCACAACUCUCCUGAUCAUGAAGAGUGGGAAAUUCUCCCUGAGCGUUCGGCGUGGGGAGACGCUAACAGGAACAGCAACGUUGAGGAUGCCGCCAGCAGCAAGGACCUGGAACUAGCCAAGCGUGUCGCGGCCGUGUCUCCGAUGCCUCAGACUGUCCACGUGACUUUCCGUGUGCACUACAUCACUUACUCAGAAACACAGCUGCUUGCUGUCACGGGUGACCACGAAUGUCUUGGCCAGUGGCACCACUAUGUUCCACUCAGGUGUGAUAAGGAUGGGUUUUGGUCAGACUCUGUGGUCUUGCCUGUAGAUACCAGAGCCGAGUGGAAGUUCAUCGUAGUGGAGAAUGGAAAGGUCAGGCGGUGGGAAGAAUGUGACAACCGGACCCUGAUGACGGAACACGAGGAUCGGGUGGUCCAUAAGUGGUGGGGGUUUCACUGAGUAGGAGCUCUUGGCAAACAAGAGAGCCUCCAACUGGUUGUGGUGGGUUUUCCGGGCUGUGUGGCUGUGGUCUAGUAGAUCUUGAAGCAAUCCAAGACUGAAACAGAGGCUGAAACAGACAGUGUCUCAGACACUGUGAAACAGACUUCUCUCUGUGAUACACCUCUGAAGAUGCCAGGAGAAACAUUAGGAACAAGAUCUACCAGACCACGGCCACUCAGCCCGGAAAACCCACCACAACCAGUUUAAUCCGGCCGUGAAAGCCUUCGACAGUACAAGAGAGGCUCCAGUUCUAUUCCAUUUCCCAGUAGGAGUCACCACGCCACCCCCCUUCACUGUGUCUUAGCGAUUCUCUAUGCUGCAUGUCUUGCCAGAACUGCCUUAGAUGAAAAGCCUCCUGCUAGAAUAGGCUUUUAAGAUGUAAGACUAUUCAAAAUGAAGUCAGACCAAAGCCUUUCUAGUAGCCAGCGUCGAAGGUCUCCAGUAGCAGUGCUUCAAAGCACCCUGCAUAAAACCUUAAGCUCUAAACUUUUGAGAGAGUGAGAUCUGCGGAGCAGAAACGGUGCAGUUAAACUGCACGGUGACUGCUAAAAUGUUCUUAAUUUAUUGUUAACUGCAAAAAGGAAACAAUAAAGAUUACUUUUAGACCA